AUGCGCGACUACGGACUCGCAAUUGACAUCCCUCACUCCAACCUCCACCGGUACGAGGAGAGUGUCAGCCACCGCGGUUCGCUGUCCUCUACCUGCUCGCGUACGUCGUCGAGCUACUCGCCGACGUCGUCGACCGGAUCGAGCAGCGGCCUCUCUCGCCGCUCUUCCACCGCCACGUCGGUGCUCGACCCCAACUGGCGCUUCCUCCACCGCGACUCGGACCCCGCUGCCUUCGCCGCAUACUCGGCCUACGAGGACCGCCUCGCGUCAUGGCACUACCGCAAGCUCUGCCAGGUGAUGGACGUCCACGAUGCCGCCAUCCCCAGGACCGACCCCUACGCUGCUGAGGAGUACUACAGCAUGCACCCUGCACCCGACACCCCUCUGGUUACCCCUCCCGCCCGCAACACCCUCCUUGCUUCCGAGCCUCGCGGACAUACCUACCCACGUGAUGACCGUCCCGGUCUCACUCGUCGCCCUGUUCGUCCCGCCCGCGGUUCUGGUGUUGUCGACAUGGGCCUCUCCCGCCCCGCCGUCAUGGCAGCUGUCGCCGCCAGUGGUAGCGCCAUCGCCGACGACGAGGACCAAGACGGCAUCAGCUCCCGCGUCCAGAGUGUAGGCUCUUGGAUCCAGAGCCUGUUCGGUGGCAAGCCCAAGAAGGGCUCGUCAGACAAGCGCAACAGGCGGCGCGGCGGCCGCUAG